AGUUUCUAGAAAAUUAUAAAUUCUUCCACGAAGUGUGGAUGAUACUCAGUCGAAAUUUCACUUUCAAAAGGGGAUAAUUGUUGAAAAGUUUUCAGGAGUGAUCUUUUGUGGGAAAUGAUCGAGCAAAAUGGUCUCAAAUGAUCGUGUGAUUUUUACUAUUGAUGUAAAGUUGGGUGGAGAAAGAGUUAAGAAUGGUCAAAAAAUCUGUGAAAAUGGAGAUAAAAUAUCCUUAGAUGAAGCACUCGAUCAGUUAGGAUUCGGAAGGAUCCAAUUGCUGGUUGUUCUAGCAGCUGGACUGUGCUUGCUGACUGUGAUCAAUGAAACAAUGGGAAUUGGAAUGCUUAUGCCAGUAGCUCAGUGUGAUCUUCAACUAACAUCAUCUGAUAAGGGUUUACUGAGUGCUAUCAGUUUUUUGGGAAUAAUGGCCUCAUCGCACUUCUGGGGCUACUUGGCGGACACAAGAGGCCGUCGUCAAAUGAUCAUGAUAACUCUGUUUAGCACGGCGAUUGUCACGAUUUUAUCAAGUGUCGCUCAGAAUUUUACACUCUUCGUCGUUCUGCGUUUCUUAUCAGGCGUAAGUAUCUCUGGUCCCUCUGCCACCAUCUACCCAUAUCUUGGUGAAUUUAACAGUAUCAGAAAUCGAGAUGCUGUUAUUACCUUCACCAGCACCUUUGCGGGCCUUUCAUCUGUAAUUGUUCCUGCCUUAGGAUGGUAUCUCUUACCCCAAACCUGGGCAUUGGAAGUUUACGAGGGUUUCUUCUUUCGUCCAUGGCGUCUUCAAUUGAUCCUACACACACUGCCUGGGCUUUUGGCAGCACUUCUCGUUAGUCUUCUGCCAGAAAGUCCUAAAUUUCUUGUUUCACAGGGCAAAACCGAAGAAGCUCUCGACAUCAUCAGGUGGAUUCACCGGAAAAACUCUGGAGAUUCAGAGAUGGAAAUUCGCGAAUUAACUUCUGAAGCUCCAGCAAAAGGUCAAGGAGAUGGAUGUAUGAGGUCGUUAUGGCAUCAAAUGGUGCCUCUUGUAUCUUUUCCUUAUCUAAUUCCCUUCUUGCUCUAUUGUUGUCUUCAAUUUGGCGUAUUUUAUGUUUGUGCAGGACUUGGAUUGUGGUUUCCGGACAUUGUUAAUAGAGUUAUGCAGAACAUCGGUGAUGAAAGUCGGACACUUUGCCAGACCAUAGAUUUUCAACCAAAUGCGACACACAUUGAGCUUUUAGACGAAAGUUGCGAUGACUCCAUUAAGACAGAUACUUUUCUCUAUAACAUCUUUUACGGACUCAUCUAUGUAUCUGGAUACAUUAUCCUAGGAUUCCUUAUAAAAUUUUUCGGUCGUCGGAUACUUUUAGUGUCACUUUUAGGAGGAUCUGCUGCUGUGGGUUUAGCACUCACAUGGCUUACAAGUCACACCCUCAUGAUCAUUCUACUGAGCAUGCAUUUAAUGUUUGCCGGUGUUUCAAUAUCAGUUAUAAAUUCUUCGGUUGUGGCGGUUUUCCCAACUCAUUUGAGAGCCACUGCAAUGUGCAUCACAUUGAUGUUUGGACGAUUGGGAACUUUUGCUGGCAGCAACAUUAUAGGUUAUUUCUUCGACAUCAACUGCCAACUUACAUUCUUCUUAACUGUAGGACUGAUGAUGUGUAAGUUCAAAAUACAGGACUGCAAUUUAAUUGCAUUAUUCCUUGAUAAUUCUAAUAGACUUUUAAGGAAUUGUAAAAUCUGCUCAUUAGCUCUAAUGAGACUCUCAUUAGCUCUAAUUUUCACUUAGUUAUUUUACUAUUUUUUUUUUUAAUUUGUAUGUAAUUAAUUGAAAUGAGAGGAAGAGGAACACCUUUAAAAUUGAGCUUUUUCUCCUAUUUUUAAAUGGAGCGUGAACCUUAUCAUAAUGUAUUUUAGCACCACAAUUUCUUUAUGAAGUUAAAUUAAUUUAUGAUAAAGAAGGUCCACUUCUAUUUAAAAAUAGGAAGAAAGCCUAAUUUCAAAGAUUCCCCAUUUUAAAGGUGCCCCACUUCCCCCUAUUCAUACUUUUUUACAUUUUUUCUAAAUAAAUAAUAGAUGAACACUUUCACUAAUCAUUUAAUAUAAUUUUUCUCGUGUAUUUCUUUGCUAACAUGAAAUAGAUUACUCAGGAGGUCUAAAUCUAACUCUGAUUAUUUUUUUCAUAAGUUCUAUGUUUCUAAGCCGAGUUAUAUCUCUUUAAAAACUUUUAUAUUAUUAUUCUUUUUUUUAAGCAUGUGCCACGGCGUCGUUUUUCGUGAAAACAAAAUGAUCUUCACAGCAGCGCCAUUACAGCUGAUAGACUGAAUAAAGUUGCAGAAAAUCACUAGUUUUAUAUAAAAGCCCAUAUCUUCAUAAAACUGUAUCAUGUAAUAGAGAAAAUUAAACAAUAUUUAUGACUAAAAGAAAA